AUGGUGCUGCAGAAGGUCCUGUUGCUUUUGAGGGGCUACUUGUGGAGAAGCUGCGGGUCAUACAGGAAGGGUUCCUGGAGAACCCGUAGUUACACGGUGACUGAGCCCAGGGACAACGGAGGUCACUCUGAUGACUGGUGCCACGGAUCUGCCGAGGCAAAGGCGGGAUCAACUCCUCUUGGAACGCAAAACCUCCGGAUUGUCUCAGAGACACUGGAACGUGCGGAGAAAAUUCCAGUUCAGUAUCUGGCUUCCUUACCAGCAAAACUCCAACCAGAGGCAGCGGCCAAGACCCGUGGAAUGAGGAAAAAGAGACGUCUGCCUCCAACACCAGGGGGCCUGAGCUUUAAGACAGGCAACCGUCCAGGAGCAAGUGACAAGAUACAAAACACCCAGCCAUCAGCUCAGCAUCAUUUUGGGAACAAUGACUGCCAUCCUUGGAGAAACUUGGACCAAACUACCCCAAGGAAAAGUGUCUCUGCUGACGACAAUUUGUCUCAGCUGGUGCGGAAGGAGCAGCAGACACUGCUGAGCCGGAUUGGAAAAGGCAGGAGGAAGACGAGGCGCAAACAUAGUCUUCGAUAUGCAGAUGGAAGAGAAUUUCAGCAGAAGAAGUAA